AUGAGCGCUCUCGCCGCCGCCCGUUAUGGCAAGGACAAUGUCCGCGUGUACAAGGUGCACCGCGAUGAGAAGACUGGUACCCAGACCGUGGUCGAGAUGACCGUCUGCGUCCUGCUGGAGGGCGAGAUUGAGACCUCCUACACCAAGGCCGACAACAGUGUCGUCGUGGCCACUGACUCUAUCAAAAACACUAUCUACAUCACCGCGAAGCAGCAGCCCGUCACUCCCCCGGAGCUGUUCGGCUCCAUCCUCGGCACGCACUUCAUCGAGAAGUACCGCCACAUUCACGCCGCGCACGUUAACAUCGUCACGCACCGCUGGGUGCGCAUGAAUGUCGAUGGCAAGCCUCACCCCCACUCUUUCGUCAAGGAGGGCGGCGAGACCCGCAACGUCCAGGUUGACGUCUACGAGGGCAAGGGCAUCGACAUCCAGUCCUCCAUCAAGGGCCUAACUGUCCUGAAGAGUACUGGCUCCCAGUUCUGGGGCUUCCUUCGCGACGAGUACACCACCCUCAAGGAGACCUGGGAUCGUAUCCUGAGCACUGAUGUCUCCGCCGAUUGGCAGUGGCGCCGCUUCAGUGGCCUGAACGAGGUCAAGUCCAACGCCCACAAGUUCAACAACGCCUUCGAUGUUGCCCGCAACACCACUCUCAAGAUCUUCGCCGAGGACAACAGCGCCAGUGUCCAGGCCACCAUGUACAAGAUGGGCGAGAUCAUCCUCGCCGCUGAGCCUCUGCUCGAGACCGUUGACUAUGCUCUGCCCAACAACCACUACUUCGAGAUUGAUCUCAGCUGGCACAAGGGUCUCAAGAACACCGGCAAGGACGCCGAAGUGUACGCUCCCCAGUCCAACCCCAAUGGGCUCAUCAAGUGCACCGUCGGUCGUGCCGGCCAGAAGGCCCGCCUGUAA